CUUCAAGUAAUCUCCGGAAAAAUCCAAUCCCAAUUCUUCACAUCUUCCUCUCUGCUACACUAUUUGACAGAAUCAGAAACGUCAAAAACCAAUAUUCGUCUCUACGAGGUAAUCAUCAAUGCCUAUGUUCAAUCUCAAUCCCUAGAUUCCUUAAUCUCUUACUCCAACGAAAUGGUCGAUAAGGGUUUUGUUCCUGGAUCGAAUUGCUUCAACAAUCUCUUAACUUUCGUUGUUGGGUCUUCUUCUUUCAAUCAAUGGUGGUGUUUCUUCAACGAGAGACAAAGCAAAGUUGUUUUGGAUGUGUAUAGCUUUGGGAUUGUGAUCAAAGGUUGUUGUGAAGCUGGUGAGAUUGAGAAAAGUUUUGAUCUUCUUGUUGAAUUAAGAGAGUUUGGGUUUUCUCCAAACGUUGUUAUCUACACUACUUUGAUUGAUGGGUGUUGCAAGAAAGGUGAGAUUGAGAAGGCUAAAGAUUUGUUUUUUGAGAUGGGGAAGUUCGGAUUAGUGGCUAAUGAAUGGACUUACACGGUUUUGAUUCAUGGGUUAUUCAAAAAUGGGAUUAAGAAACAAGGGUUUGAGAUGUACGAAAAGAUGCAGGAAGAUGGUGUUUUCCCUAAUCUCUAUACUGUACUUAUAACUGUGUGAUGAAUCAGCUUUGCAAAGAUGGAAGAACAAAAGAUGCAUUCAAAG